ACAUCAGUGCGAUACUGGCCGUUACGAGGCGCGCGCGUUUCAAAAAUUCAAAAAUGGAAGUCGGAUAGCGAAAUCUUUGGUGCAGUGUUAAUCGUGGUGGUUUGGUUGGAGGAUCUGCGGCGCCACAAUCACUUCAAGGGUCUGAAAGUGAUCAACUUCAGGUUUACAGAUAAAGUUCUCGAAAAUGAAGUAGAGGAAGCAUUUCUAUACAUCCACAUUCAAGAGCUGGAACGACAGAACAUCACAAUAACAGACGACCACUUUCACAUCAACUAUCAGGUCAAUAGGAUCACGAGAAAUAGCCAAGGCAGCAAAGCCUCAGUGCCCUACUCCGAUAGCUCCAGUAAACUGUCCGGAAAGGAGCUCCAAGACGGAACAUGGGUUAGAGCGAACGUGACAAACAUGGUAGCAGAGUUCUUCAGACUCCCACGGGAGACAUUAGGAAUAGUUGUGAGAGUACAAGACUCGAAGAAUAGAAUAAACUUGGUUGUACCGCAUCCCAGCUCGGAGUCGAAUAACGCUGUGAUGCCCUACAUAGAACUAACUCUAAGAGAUAAUUCGCACAAGAGAACGCGACGGAUGAUCGGAAUGGACUGCACAGAGAACUCCAAAGAGGUCCGUUGCUGCCGGUACCCUCUGUCUGUCAACUUCGAGGAGUUCGGUUGGGAUUGGAUCAUUGCGCCUAAGCAAUACGACGCGAACUAUUGCAGUGGGGAGUGCCCCUACAGUUUCUUACAAAAGUACCCCCACACGCAUUUAGUGCAUCUGGUCGCGCCCCAAGGUAGUGGCGGCCCCUGCUGUGCUCCACGGCGGAUGAGCAGUAUCUCAAUGCUGUAUUUCGAUCACGAUUUAAAUAUAAUAUACGGGACGAUUCCCGGUAUGGUGGUGGAGAGUUGUGGGUGCUCAUAGUAAGGCUAAUUUAUUGGUGUGAAGACUGGGAACUCUUUGUGAUGUGUGUUGUGUGUAUUUUGUAACCCCGUUUUUCUGGUGUGCUUUCUUUUCGAUCAUUGUAGUAAAAUUGUUUUGAAUGUAUUGUAAAUAAGCCAGAUUCACCUUACUUCGCUUGAAUGUUCGACUUAUCUCAAAACUGCAUUUACGAUUUUAGAAUAAGUAAGUAGAAAAAUUAAAAUUCAGGCGCAAACAGUAGUGGCGUAGUGCCAAGAAUGUGAAUAACAAUUACCAUUGUUUUUUUUAUAGGAAACAUUUUCUCUGUUAAGUGACCGACGCUUAUUACCUUCUUGAAUUGUGGAAGUGUUUGUGCCUUUAGGUCCGUACAUCAAAAUUUAAUUAUAAGUAGCUAGGUAGUCUAUGUAAUUGAUGUAUUUCUUUUGUCGUUUGGAUCUCGUUCAAAAUUAUUUCUCUUUAGGCUUAGCGGGUGGUGCUUAAAUGUAUUUUCAAUAAAUAAAUGUACCUACCCUGUGUGAAACGUAUUACUUUCGUGAUGAAUUGAUUUUAUGUAUUAGGACUAAGAAUUUUUGGGCGAAAAAUUUCAAAAUUAGAUCUCAUUUUGGGACAGAAAGGAUAAUGUGUCCUUUUAGAUGUAUGUUUGGAUCAAAAUACUUUAUACAAAAUUUAGGGUGUAGGGAACGAACAUCUCGGAACAAUUUUCGAAAAAUUAAUCAACAGUGUCGUGUUAUAAGUUUUUUUAAUAAAAUUUUCAAUUCAUUUUAAA